AUGACAGUUUCUCUACCGGAUAUACCCUACGGUUCCAAGAUCCAAAGCUUGGCCAUGUCCUCUUUACCUAACCGUGACAAAGAUUGGGUAGUGUGCGUCAAGUUAUCCGGAUCUCGGUUGAGUAUCUGCAGGCGUUUUGGCAGCUCUAAAUGGAUCGACAUCAAAUCCAUGGCUCCGUCUAUGGACCCUCUAUCUACUCUCACGUUCUCCAGAAGAUAUGACAGUUUCUACAUUCCAAGUCCCGGAGGCAACUACUUGUGCCAUUUGGAUGAAAAAUUCGAGGACCUCGAGUUCGUCCAGUUGGGUUUUGACGAUCUUCCAAAGUCUGUCUUGCAGGAGUCGGCAGAAGUAAGUACAUGUUCAAGGUCAGACCACCCUGUGGAGUCACCCACCGGCGACUUUUUCCUCGUCAAGUGGUACAGUGAGGACUCGGUGGAGUACAGUUCCGACGACGACGAGCUGUCAACACUGACGUCAGAAACAAAAAAGUUCAUGGUGUUUAGAAUGGGGAUGUCUUCGUAUUCAUGGACAAGGACUAUGAUCUACACAGAAGACAUUGGAGAUCUUUGCAUUUUUCUUGGCCAUAGUGAGGCUUACUGCAUUCCGGCAAGCUCGUCCCCUGGACUCAAGCCUAACUGCAUCUACUUUGUGGGCCGAAACUUUGGUGUUUAUGAUCUCACCACCAAAACUUGCACUACCUUCUACGGAAAAGAUGACCAUCCAUUAAGGAAAACGAAAUUCCCUUACUGGCCUUCUCUUAAUUAA